ACUGAGGCUAACUUCACAGAGUUUGAUCAAGAUGGCGUCUCUCAGAAAGCUGUUUGUUAGCAGAGUCUCUUUGUUGUGUUGGUCCAGUGAGUGUGAGGUCCAUGUUGGUCUCUGUGUGUCCGGAGAAACCUUCUGAAUGGACUUUUCUCUGAAUGUUGGACCUCUGACUCAUCUCCCGGUAGCCUACAAAGCUAGUGAAGUUAGCUUAGCAUGCUAGCUGGGACGGAAGUUAGCAACACAGCGCUAGUCAGAGUGACUGUUUGAUGGAGAGCAAACGGUGUUUGUGACGGAGUUUGUGUGGAGAAAAAGUGUGUGUCGUUGUGUGAAAAUGUGUAAAGUCCAAAUGCUGAGAGCGUUGGUGAAGCAGCGACUCACUGCGGCUGCUGAAGAGAUCUUUGGGCUGUUUGAAAGAACGAUAGCAGAGUACGAGGAGGAACUGUGUCGUUCUAAAGAGGAGAACGAGCGACAACGGAAACUCCUGCACGCUGUUCUCAACCCUCAGCUUCGGUUACACAGAGCAGACGUCCAGCAGCUGUUGGUGGUUAAAGAAGAGGUUCCUCCUGAGCAGCAGGAGUGGAGCUCCAGUCUGGACCAGGAGGAGCCAGAGCCCCCACACAUUAAAGAGGAACAGGAGGAACUCUGGACCAGUCAGGAGGGAGAGCAGCUUCAAGGGCUGGAGGAGGCUGAUAUCACCAACUUCACAUUCACUCCUGUCCCUGUGAAGAGUGAAGAUGAUGAAGAGAAACCUCAGUCCUCACAGCUUCAUCACAGACGUACUGAACACAUGGAGACAGAAGCUGAUGGAGAGGACUGUGGAGGACCGGAACCAGCAUGGAACUCAGAUCCAGGAGACUCUUCUGAGACUGAAGUCAGCGAUGGGGACUGGGAGGAGACCAGAGAACCUCCGUCAGGUUUAAACUCUCUGAAUAAUGAUGAAGUUUCUGUCAGUGAUUCCAAAUGUAGUGCUCGAGAGAAACCAUUUAACUGCUCUGAGUGUGGGAAUAGAUUUAUCCUCAAGAAAGAUCUGAAGAGACACAUAAGAAUCCAUGCAGGAGAGAAACCAUUUAACUGCUCAGUCUGUAAGAAAUCUUUUACACAGAGUGGAAAUUUACAGACACACAUGAGAAUCCACACAGGAGAGAAACCAUACAACUGCUCAGUUUGUGACAGAAGAUUUUCUUGGUUUAAUCAACUCAGAAGACACAAGUAUGAUCAUCAGCUUCAUCAGACUCAGACUGAGGAGAACAGAGAGGCAGAACCUCCAUCCAGCAGAUCAACUCAACACAUAGAGACAGAAGCUGAUGGAGAGGACUGUGGAGGACCAGAACCAGACAGGAACUCAGAUCCAGAUAGACAUCCAGAACCAGAUACUGAUGAUGCUGUUUCUGUCAGUGAUACCAGAUGUAAUGCUGGAGAGAAACCAUUUAGCUGCUCUGACUGUGGGAAAAGAUUUCUCCUGAAGGGAGAUUUGAAGAGACACAUGGUUACUCAUACUGGAGAGAAACCAUUCAGCUGUUUAGUUUGUGACAAACAUUUUACAGCAAACUCAACUAUGACACGUCACAUGGCAAUCCACAAGGGGGGGGAAAGAUUCAGUUGCAGCGUUUGUAACAAAAGAUUUGCCUGGGCUCGGAAUCUGAACAGACACAUGAGAAGUCAUUCAGAAGAGAAACUACACAGCUGUACAGUUUGUAAGAAAUUGUAUUCACAGACUGAUUUACAGAAACACAUGAGAAUCCACACAGUAGAGAAACCGUUCAGCUGCUCAGUUUGUUGGAAAUCUUUUGCAUGCAGUGGACGUUUACAGAGACACAUGAGAAUCCACACUGGAGAGAAACCAUUUCGCUGCUCAGUUUGUAAGAAAUCUUUUACAGAGAGUGGGAACUUAAAGAAACACAUAAGAAUCCACACAGGAGAGAAACCAUUCAGUUGCUUAAUUUGUGGGAAAUCUUUUGCCUGGAAUGGACAUUUACAGAUACACAUCAGAUCUCAUACAGGGGAGAAACCAUUCAACUGUUCAGUUUGCGCGGAAUCUUUUGCAGGGAGUGGAAGUUUACAGAGACACAUGAGAUCUCACACAGGAGAGAAACCCUUCAGCUGCUCGCUUUGUAAGAAAUCUUUCACGCAGAGUGGACACUUACAGAAACACAUGAGAUCUCACACAGGAGAGAAACCCUUCAGCUGCUCGCUUUGUAAGAUCUUUCACGCAGAGUGGACACUUACAGAAACACAUGAGAUCUCACACAGGAGAGAAACCCUUCAACUGCUCAGUUUGUAACAAAACAUUUGCGCGGUCUGAACACGUCCUAACACAUCGAUGUGUUGAGUGACGUGGCGUUAAAUAGACACACACACACUCAAAGAGGAAAUGCAAAGUAUCUCCUCUGCACGUUUCUUUUCUUUCUGACCCGACAAAUGUGUUCAUUUUCAUGCACGUGGAGGCAGAACAAAGAAACAAACGCAUUCUUUGGGGGGCAUACACACACACACACACACACA